CAUCGGGGCGGGGCCGCAGCCCGGGGGAGCUAGGUUUGCGGGGGAGGGCCGGUCCUGGGCUGCUUCCCCGCACCUCCACUCCCCCUACCCCACGCCCACGCUCUGUGGCUCUGCGGGGAGGGAGAACGGGGUUCGAAUCCUGAUGUGCUUUGGCGCUGUGUAUGUGACCUUGGGCGAGUCACCGCCCCUUUUCUGAGCCUCAGCUUUAUCGUCUGUGAAAUGGGAAUAGUGAUUGCACCCUCUCUUCUCUUCCACCCUCCCUCGGGAUGUCGCGAGCGUCAAAUUCGGUUAGGUGCAGAAAGCCCUCUCUGAGCCUCUAUACAGCAACGACAGUCGUCAUUAUGUCCUGACAUCCAGAAAACCCAAUCGGGAAGGUGUCUUUCCAAUACCCCCCACCCCGGGCUUGAGCUGUGUGCCAGCAAGGUGACCUCCUCACCCUUUUUCAGAAGAGCGUGACUUUUCCCCCUCCGCGGGAUUUCCCGGCCCGGGCCGUCACGCCCUUCUCGCCCCGCCCACUCCCUUACCUUUUCUGGACGUCAGGUGUGUUGGGGCCGCUUCUGCCCUGGCUCUCGGCUUCCUCCCGGGCCUGGCUUCUGGGAGCGUGGUCCGCUGUCGCCAUGGGAACAGUAAGCAUCCCUGGACCAGAGGGAGGGGGGAGCGCUGGAGGCAGUAGAUGAAUAAAUAGUAAAGGCCUGACAAGCCCCUCUCUCUCUCUCUCUCUCUCUCUUACCAGGCUUAAAAGAGAAACCCUAAACCUGGGAGAAGGUGAUUUCCCUCUCUCCUCUUUUAUGCUGGAGUGUAUUUAGGUGUUGACUGUGUCAGUUAUGGUUGCUAAAAGUAACCAGAGAUAGCUAGGAUAGUGAUUGUUUUGACUAGAAGGUGUACUCAGUUGUACUCUUUCCUCUUAGAGGGCCCUUCUCCUCAUGCUGACAGGGCCUGGUCAUGGCACCAAAGGUGAAUAGGAAAACUGUAAAGAAAAAGAAAACGGAAGAGCCUGAGUUGGAACCCCUUUGCUGCUGUGAAUACAUAGAUCGAAAUGGGGAAAAGAACCAUCUGGUGGCUAGUUUUUGUGAUUGCCAAGACCUUGACGAAGGUUGUGAAAGGUGGAUUACAUGCAAAUCCUUGCAACCAGAGACUUUUGAGAGAAUUAUGGACACAAUAUCAGAUCGAUUCCGAAUUCCCUGGCUUAGGGGGGCCAAAAAGGUCAAUAUUAGCAUUAUCCCACCGCUUAUUCUCCUGCCACUUUUUCUCCAUGUAGCUUCUUGGCAUCUUCUGUUGGGCAUUAUCAUCUUGACCUCCCUUCCUGCCCUGACACUGGGGUAUUACUACCUCACCCACAGGAGGAAAGACCGGACCCUGUUUUUUCUGAGCUUGGGGUUAUUCUCCUUGGGCUACAUGUACUACGUGUUCCUUAAAGAAGUGGCCCCUAAAGGCCGGGUGGGACAAGGGCAGCUGGUUAUUCUCACUUGUGGAUUAUUUCUAAUACUCAUAGCCCUACGUCAAGCCAAGAAGAAUCCUGGCUACCUCAAAAGUCCAGUACAAAAUGGCAGCCUUCCAAACAACGGCCCAGUUGAAUUAUUAAACAGGAAAGGGCAGGAGAAAGUAAAAGGAUAUCCUGGAGAUUCACUGGGCAAUGUCAACAAUCGAAUAGUAAAGGAUGACCCCAAGACCUAUUCUAGGACAUCGGUUGAGAGCCCCAACAAAGUGAAGGAAGACUGGUGUGCCAAAUGCCAGUUGGUAAGGCCUGCCCGUGCAUGGCAUUGUCGGAUAUGUGGAGUGUGUGUGAGAAGAAUGGAUCAUCAUUGCAUCUGGAUAAAUAGUUGUGUUGGAGAAUCCAAUCAUCAAGCAUUCAUCCUUGCACUGUCAAUCUUCUUAGUCACCUCUGUGUAUGGGAUUACCCUGGCCUUGGACACCAUCUGUAGAGACAGAAGCAUCUUCACAGCUCUUUUCUACUGUCCAGGAGUUUACACAAACUACAGCACUGCUCUCUCCUUUACCUGUGUAUGGUACUCUGUGAUCAUAACAGCAGGCAUGGCCUAUAUUUUCCUGAUCCAACUGAUAAACAUCAGUUACAAUGUGACUGAGAGGGAGGUUCAGCAAGCCCUCCGGGAGAAGACUGGGCGCCGACUCCUCUGUGGGCUGAUCGUGGACACAGGCCAGUAUAACCGGGGCUUCCUACGGAACUGGCAUCAGUUUUCCACCCUGGGCACACGCACACUCCACCCCCCUGCCGAGGACAUUGUCUGAAAUGCCUUCUGUGCCAGUCUCAGGCAUGGAUGGUGCCUCUGGGAUCGCACUUAACUCUUUGGUGUCCUUUGCAGGCUUCUCAUUCUAACACCAGUUUCCUAAAAGGCACUUGGAGGCUGAGUUCAGGUUUUUGAGAGUAUAACACAAAGAAGUUAAAUACCUUCUUAACCUCACAAUUUAGAGAUUUUUAUAUUCAAAUAGUGAAAGAGCCAUUCAUUUCCAAGCACCUCCCUAAUGAAUUCUCCAUCGCCAGGAACUGAAAAUGAUAGAGAUUGAGGAGUACAGCCAAGAAAAUUAAAUUUUCACCCAGUAAAAUGAAAACUAUUUCAUAAUCCGGGGUGAUGUAUUGACAAAUCCUAAGAAUUAAGGGUGAGCCAAUGGAGGAUGAUUUGUAUAUAGUGAAUAUGCAAGAAUUUAUUUGCAUAGGGACAAAAGUUAAAAAGUGACCACUAAUUUUCACAUUUCUGAGUGGAAAGUGGAUUGCAAAUUUAUCUCCUGGUAUUCAGAGAGCACAGUUUUCUAGGGAUAAUUAUAUAGUAAUUAUCACUUUAUAAAGUACAAGGCAUUAGAAAGCAGGGUAGAGACUUAAAUGAACCAAGGGCUUAAUCUAAAUGCUACACAUCUAAUUGAGAAGGAAGGACAAUCAAAUAUAAUUAUAAAGACAAUUAAUACAGUCAAUAUUCUGUAUAGCAGUAAUUUUUAAGUAAAAUUUUAAUUUAAGAAUUUUAAUGUAUGUGUGUGUAUGUAUGUGUGUAUGUGUGUGUGUGUGUGUAUUUUUCUAGCUAAGAAUGUAUUUGUUUAAUAUAAAUAACAAUAAUAGGAAUUCAAGAUUUCCAUGGUUCACCUUGUAAGGUGUUAGUACAAGAUUGUCAUGAUUUCCGCAAAAGGAGAAGUACUUGCUUCUGUCUGUGGGGUGACUAAUACCAAGAGCUUAAAUUUUUUUCCAAUCUAAGUAUUUAAAAAGUUAACAAUUUUUAGCACUACAUUACAGAACCCAUGCAUUAAUACUCCACCUGUUAUUCCAGCAUGACUCUCUUUUUGGGAAGUUAGUUCCACUUUUAAUGUUGUUUUCCAUUUACCCUUUUUACAUCUUUUCCAUAUCUAGAGAAGAGAAGAAAACAGGGUAUAUACUAUUUCCUCUAAUGAGUGAAUCAUUGCUUUUUUCCUGGUUGUUUCCCAAAACGCCACUUAUUUGCACUUAAGAAAAUUAAGAUGGUUAAAAGAAAUAGCAUUUCUGCGGAAGGGAUUAUUCAGUAUUAGAAAUAUGAUGUAGAAAUCGGAUGAUUCAAUUCGGGGGAGGGAAUAAUACUCUUGGGAAUAUUUGAUGUCAUGGAUACAACCUUUUUGUAAGCCCAAAGAUAACCAGUAACUCCUUAAAGAUGUUUACAGCCAGUGAAGGGAAAAUACUGCCACCUUUUUUAGUCUUUCUAUGAAUGUUAUUUUAGAGAGUUUUUAUUAUAUCUAUCUCCAUAAACUGUACAUAAGUCAUUACUUCCUAUAACUUUCAUCUGCAACUAUGUCUGUCCCUGGUCUCUCGGUGUUAGCUGACAGUUUUUAGCUCAUUAAAACGACCAGAUUUCACACAGGCCUGUAACUUGACUCCUGGUGAGAAAUUGCUUCCUGUGGCAACUGACUAUAGUUGUUUAUUUAACAGUGGUAAAAGAGAAGUCCCAUUGGGAUAAGUACAGGAAGGCAACAUUGGGAACUUAGCUGCAGCUAUAAUUCUCAAAUACAUAGUCUCUUUCUUGGUCAAGUGUGCCAGGGAGGGAAAAGAUAUUUUAUACAUCUUAGAAACUUUUAAGAUUUGAAGCCAGUUAUUGUCUGUACAAAUUUUUUUUUUUGAUAAAGAAAAAUGGAUUUUGUUAUUUACCACUUCUCUUGAGUGCCAGAUAUAUGGUAUAGUUCCUUAUUUUAGACUAUGAAUUAUAUUUUCUUACUAGUUAUCUUAUUGGAACUGUUAAUGGGCAAGUUUUCCCUUAUUAUAGUCUUGCAAAGGUGAAAAUGAACUGCAAUAUGACUAAAGGCAGUUGUAAUUCAAAAGGUAUGGAUCAGUCCUUAAGACCAGAAACUGACAUUCAAAUAUUUAAAAAAUAUAGUUUCAUUUUCUAUAAAGUAACAAAAAACCAGGAACUGACAUUCAAAUAUUUAAAAAAUAUAGUUUCAUCUUCUAUAAAGUAACAAUCCUUCCACUUGGGAAGGAGCUGAUUCCUUGAUGUUACUCUGUCUUUUUGGCAUUCACUAAGUAGAGGUGUGGCAUUUCACCCCCUCCCAUAGAUAAUUGUUUAUUGGCAUUCGAGGAUUUGGGAGUUUUGGAUCAGCAAUUUCUAAAAAAAAAAAAAAUCAGCAAAAAAUAUAAAAAUCUAUUCAAAUUUGAGCUAAAAUGUUGACAUGUCUGUUUAUUCCUAUUAAUCAGCCAUUCAGGAGGGUGUCCAGUAAUCAUAGUAUUUACAUUAAUUCAUAAGCAGGCGUAUACAGGGAUCCCUUUUUGGUCUACAGCUGUAUAUAGGGAAUUUUCUGUUUUAAGUUUAGAUGAGAAGUUCUUCUAUAGCAGUUUCCUAGUUGUAUUUUUAGCAGUCCUAAGAGCCAAGUAGCUACUAUCUGCAGUAAUAACCCCAUUUAAUAGAUGAAGAUACUGGGACUCUUUUAGAAGUUGUGACUUCUCUAUUAGACACUCAGCUGAAAUUGCAAUUGAAACCACGACUUUCAACGUCCAGUGCUCUUUCCACUAAAUAACACUGCCUCUCACCACCAUGAUUGCCUAAGGAAAAUUGCAGAAAUUUGAAAACCACAUGAUACAAAAAUGAACUUUGGGUCCUCCUUAUAGUUUUAUCAAGAACCCAUAGAGUAUUUUUCCCAUAUGGGAAAAAUCCACUUAUUCUAAGGCACUCUAGACUGAGGCCUUGAACCUCCUAUGUAGUCCCAGACUAGAAAAGGUCACGUCUCACUUUAAUCCAGAGCCAAAAUCAGUGAUAGUCCCAUGGUUCAAUGACUAUAAGUAAUAGAUACGAAGCAUAAUUAAUAAUUUCCUUUCCUUUUUUAACUUUUAAGGAAAAUAAUGCCAUGUAAAUGUGCCCUUAAAAGUCUCAUGUAGUCAUGCUGCUGUCCCAGAGAAAGGAAGAGAAAAACAAAAUCAGCUAGGAUUCAGAGGAGCAAUUUAGUAAAGAACUGUGAAAAGCCCAGUAAAAUAAUAUAAAUGUGAUGCACGGGAAGCACUUUGUGCUUUAUUAAGGGCCUACUCUAAUAAUGCACUAUUAGCAACAUAAUUUCUUUCUAUUUUCUGGGUACCCUUGAUGAGAAAGUAUAACCACGGGUAUGUUUGUUGGAGAUAUUUUGCCUUUAACUAUGCUGAUUGUUUUUUCUUAACUGUGAUAUUUGUAUUUUUUUGGUAGAAAAUUCAGUGUUUUAUAAAUCUGGAUCCUACUUCAUGAACACCAUUUUAUUUUUCCUACCAUACUGUAUGUAACAGUGGUGCUUUCUCAUUGUGAUCUGAUUAAGGUCUCUUUGACCAAAUGCAAAAAAGAAAAAUUGUGUCUUUUUUUACUUCUGUAGUCCCAAGGACAGUAAUAUUGCUUGCAAGGAAGAAUAUUCCAUUGGGAGCGGGGGGAAGGGGAGGGAGAGGGUAGAGACGGUUCAGUGCCAGAAAAUGCAAAGCCAGUGAUCUGUUAACAGAUCACUCUGGGGAGGCAGGGAGCUCACCUUCUCUUGUGUUUGUAUGUGCAAUUUAUAAAAGUAGAAAAUGUGAUCUAGAAGCACAUUUUCUAAUAGAAUAUUUUUUCUUCUGUGAGGUUUCCAGGCUUCUUGAGUUUAGACAAAUUAAAUAGGUUUACAUGGUCUUAAUUCACUUUUAGCCAUAAGUUACUACUUAAGAGUCAGAGAACUGGAUAAUUUCACAAGACAAGCAAUGGAUUAUAAAAAGCCUUUCACUUCAGGUUACUGUUUGAAAUCCAGUUUGCCUUUUUAUGUGUUUCUGUAUAAUGCCUAUUCUUGUAGAGUAUAAGCAGCUUAUUAACAAGUGUGCCAUUUUAUUUAAAAAAAAAAAAAAAACACAAAGGGGGUGGGGGAAAAGGAAGAUAGCCAUGUCUAGCUUAUUGCUGAUUGAAAUGCACUCCUACCUUGUAAAUGUUUGCUGUGACUGAUGUGAAACGAGCUGCUGGAUUCAUCUUUAUUCCCCAUGGAUAGUUGUCACUAUUUGCAACCCGGCUCCUAGUGGACAACUAUCCACAUUACAGUGGGUACUAUGAGUUUUAGCAGUAUUCAGUCAACAAACAUUUACUAAGCGCUCACUAUGUGCCCAGCACUGUGCUAAGCACUACUGUUGUAUCCACAAGAGGCCAAAGACUAAAUGGCUAAUGGGGUAGCUUUCUUUGAGAGCUGGUACCUACCAGUCAGGCUUGAGGCAUAUUAUGCGAGUUUUUUUUUCCCCUUAAGUCUAACAAGCAUUUAUUAAGCGCCUACUCUAUGCAAGGCCCUCCCCUUGCAUAUCCUAAACCUGUACUGUGGUACCUUUCACCUAUAACCAUUUCAUGUUGUAAAGGAAAAAAAAUAAAAGCUUUACAACCAGAGAUAGAGCCUAUUGUGGGAAGUAAAAUUGUAUGGUCUUCAAAGAAAAAAAUGUCUGACCAUCCUUUGAAGCCACUGAAAGAUGUAAUAUCACAUAGCUUGCAAAUGCCAUCAGUUGUGAUCUGGUAAAGUGGGUGUCGGACUGCUUUAGUUGGUGUGACUGUUGAGCCCUUUCAUAUAAAAUUUACCUUCCUGGUUCUAAUCGUUGACUUCAGACUGAAGGAAAGCCAGGAAUUUUCCAUUUUAACAAACAGAUGAACAUAUGCAGAAUUAAGCCUCACUUGCUCAUGCUGUGGAAGUGUGUACUAUGUACAAUUUGCACUGUUUUUUGUUUUUUUUUAAUAUUUCUUGUAUUGAUAUGAUUUUAUCACCUCAGAUACAGAGCCUUUAAAUGAUGAUUUCAAAAUAACUGCCAUUUAUGUAAAAUACUGUUGUGUUGUGACCAAAUUGUUUAAGUGGAAAUAAAGUUUUCUUAAAAGGAAAAGAGCUGUAUUCUGAUUUAUAUUAAAAGA